CAAACAGAUAUUCAAAAAACAAAAUGCUGAACGUCGAAAAACGGCCCAGUCUGACUGGUUCGAUAUCCCGAAAGCCGAAAUAACACCUGAAAUAAAGCGGCAUUUACAACUGCUCAAACUAAGAGAUUUCUCGAUUUUACAAAAAGGGCGAUUUAAAAGAACUGCCCACGCAUUUUCAGAGAAAAGGCGCACUGUCGUAGAUCAAUCACCGGCUGACGAGGAAAGCGAAAACUUAUUACAAACGGAAGUUCUUGGAGAUUCAAGAGACAAAGCAGAGCGGAGGAAAGAAGUUCUACAAACGUCUAAGGAACAGACAAAAGCCAAACUGGCAGAAGGGCUUCUAAUUAUAUAA